CCAUAUAUGGCCUCCAAAUAUCUACACUUCCUGCGAGAGAGUUAAAGAAAGCCCGUUUGACGGCGGAAGUUGAAGUGUUAUCACAAGCAAAAGAUAAUAAUGGCUUGCACAAAGAAAGAGACGCCGAAAAUUGAUAAAGGUUUAAUCCAGUCUGCAAUCGGGAAAACAAACGAAAUACAAUUGGUACAAGAAAUUAAACUCGAGUUGAGAUCUGACAAAAUCGAUUUGAGACUCCUGGUUCUGUCAAGUUUUAGAUUUUAUAUUCUACAUGCGAAUAAAUCUCCAUACAAGGUCGAUCACAGUGUGCAUAUUCUUGAUAUUAAUGGAAUUGAAAGCAAAAAACCUGACCAGAUUGUGAUCAAAUAUGGAGAAAAAUCAAUCAAGUUUUGCCUUGUUAAACCACAAUCUACACAUAUCACCAUUGGUCACAUAGUUGCCAACUUGAAGUUAAAUUUUCCCGGAGCAAACCUCGGGGAUACAAUCAAGAAAGAAAUUGAGCCAAGUGAUAAACUAGAAAGUGUCAAUAAUAUGGUUGAGAAAAUAACAAGUUCAGAAAGCUUAGCAGAAACAGGACCCUGUGGUGGUUUUUCACGUUCAUAUGCAUGUAUUUGUGAUCACUUGGCCGUGCCUUUUAUUGAAGAGGUUGCUUGGGAUGUUGACACGAUUUAUCUAUCCAAUGACACAAAAGAAUUUAAUGUUCAAGAUUUUGAUCAUUGGGAGCAGAGAGAUUUGAUACCAAUCAUUGCUACUUUGGAAUACAAUGCAUGGUUUACAAAAUUUGUUUGUGUCUCAUGCAAACUGUCAACAGAAAUAUUGGAGGCUAUAGCGAAGGUGGUUAAGCGCUCAACAACACUUGUGGAACUGAGAUUGGAUAGCAUUGGUCUCGGACGUGAAUUUUGUCAAAAACUUACAACUGCUUUAACAUCCAAUCCAAAAUCUGCUCUUGAAAGAAUUGAUCUUUCUUCCAAUCCUUCAGUAGAAGAUCGAGGCAUCACACACUUGGUUGGUGGUAUUUCAAAGUUGUCCCACGGGUUAGACAGUCUGAAUCUCCAUGAUACUGGCCUCACAAACAAAGGUAUAAUAUCAGUUGGACAAAUGCUUAAAAGCAAUAAAUUCAUGUCGACUUCGUUAACAAGCCUUAAUCUAUCAAAUAAUCAAAUCAAGGCGGAAGGUGUUACGGUUUUAUGCGAGUUUCUUGCUCAGUGCAACGAUCUAACGCAUCUUGAUCUGAGUUCAACGGAAUGUUAUAUUGAAAGUAUCUUCGGCGCUCUCAUUAGAGGUUGCUGUCAAAAUCUGACUCAUCUUAACUUUUCUGGAAAUCAUUUUACUAAUCGACGGAGCAAAGAUGGCAACUUAUCUUCCAGUUUUCAGCAAUUUUUUAGUGCAACAGCUGCGUUGAAAGAAGUCAAGUUAUCUAAAUGCAGUUUACCUGCUGAGGCCGUGAAGGCGAUGUUUCUCGGCUUGAUGGAAAAUAGCGUUGUCACAGACGUUACAGUUGAUAUUAGUAAAAACGAGUUGAAGACAGCGGGUUUACGAGAAAUGAAAGGUCCAUUAAGGGAAAUUAAAAAUUUGUAUUCCUUGGAUCUCACUGAUAAUGGUUUUGAUGCAGAUCUCUUACCACUUUGUGAGAGUUUAAGUGAAAACAAGCGUUUGAAAAGGCUUUAUCUAGGAAUGAAUUGCCAUAAAUCGAGGAGUCAAGUCAUGGAAGCUUUGACAUAUCUUGUAGAAAAUUCUGCCAUCGAGUUUCUAAGCCUGAGCGAGUCUAAGUUGAAGCAUGAUAUUGCGUACCUAUUUAAUAGCCUGGGAACUAAUGAAUAUUUGAUUGAACUUGACAUUACUGGCAAUAUGAUGGGUGAUGAAGGCGCCAGAGUUCUGGCAAAGGCUUUACAAAUUAACAGCAAAUUAAGAACUAUUCACCUGGAUCGAAAUGGCAUCACACAAAAUGGUUUUCGUGACAUCGCUAUGGCAUUAGAGAAUAACCUCACGUUACAAUUCAUGCCAACACCGGUGAAUGAUGUAUCACUUUGUCUCAAACCAGCCACGGAAAAAGCUCUAAAACAAAUUGAGAAAUGUCUCUCUCGAAACUAUUCCCCAAGUCACGCUGUUACAGAGCAAGCUUACAGAUUGCAACAAGGAUUGAUGAUGACGUCAACCCAGCAACAGAUGAUCGAUAAAUUGAUUGUUCAACUGCAAGAUACACUGAAAGCGUUAGGUGCUUCUGCUGCUAAUGAAACAGUUAAAUUAGAAACCCGUAAUGCUCGCAGGCUCAUCAAUGAUGCCGAUAAACUCAAGCAGUUGCUCCUGAAACUUCACAUGUCAGGAAGCUCUAGUGACUUAAAGGAACGAGUUGCAUCUUUGUCGUCGGACAUUCAUAAUGCGAUACAGAAACAAUUGAAAGAAAAUGUUGAGAAAAUAUUGAAUUGUGCCGAGGAGAGUUGUCCUCUUGUAACCAAACAGACGGAUGUUAAAGAAAACCUAAAAUCAUCAAUCGAAGGAAAGGCAAAUAUCAACAAAGCAUUUGUUGACUCUGUGUUUUUGCAGCAACUUGCACCGAUUAUACUAAAUGAAGUGAGCGAAAAAAGCCUUAGUAUGUCUAUAGUAAUGGUAGAUACACUUAUGGAUCACGCUAUCCAACAACUUGAGGAACAGCAAGUUAAAUUGAAUUUGUUGCUUGAGCAACAGGAUCAAGUAUCGAAGGAAAAAUUGACUGUGAACGAAGAUGAUCAUGUCAGUGAGGCUGCACAGAAAGCCAAGAACAGAUUAAGUACAGUUAACAAUCGAAUAGGUUUACGCGUUCCUGAAGAUAACAAUGACAUGUCGGCUGGUUCCGUUCAUUCUCGACGUCGGCCGACCAUUAAUCGUAGACAUGUGACCUCGGAUGAAUUGUCCCACAUUGCAAAGGAUCAUACUGAUGACGCAAGUCAAAAAGAGGAUGACGUGUUUCCUGUUGGUGAUAUUGAUAUAUUGAUUCCUGCCAAUGAAAAUACCCAAGAACUCGUUCACGUGACAAAGAACCGAGCACGACCGGCAAGAGGUCGAAGGCCUCCGACAAGAGCGUCUGCUGCUCAAAAUAACUCGGUUGUAGGUCCUGAAAUUGUAUCUGCUAACGUUGACGAAGGGGUAGACACGUUCUUUAAAGAGCCCGCGAUCAGACCAGUCUCAGCUGUUUUGCCGAGCAAGAAAACAGUACCUGAACCCAUGCCGCCAAAAAGUUCAACUUUAAAAUCACCGAAAGAAAAGAAGAAGAUGGAGACUACAAAGGAGGAGAUUGAAGAUGUAAACAAAGACCAAGAUAAAAAGAAAUCUACAUUUUCGUUGAGCUCUAUAUUCAAGAAAAAGAAAGAUGAAAACAAACCCAAAACUUCACGUAAAGAGUCGAAGAAAGAGAUUCGAAAAAGUGUGGAGGAUUUGACCGAACCAAGUCGUUCUCCUCCCGAGAAGAAACCAGUCAAAAAACCACCACAAAGACCACAGAAGCCAUCAAAACCUGCUGGGACUGAGAAGCACACGAAAGUGGACGAACAAUCAGAAUCUGAAAAGCAUGGUGAAGGUAAAAAAGAGGCCGAAAUCGAAGCAAAAACUGAAGUAUCCACUGCUCACGACAAAAAUGACGGCGAUGAAUCUAAACUCGAUGAAAAAGAAGAUAAAUCAACCGAGGAUAUGGUUGAGAAAGCAAAUGUUCAACCAAAGGGACCACCAAGGUAUGGAGUUGGAUUACCAAUGGGAGGAGUUGAUCUUAUAGCUGAAAUGAAGGAAAAACGUGCCAAUAGUAUUGGCAAAGGAAAGACGUCACCGGAAGAGGGGCAAAGAAGAGCAACGGUCGGUGCUGGUCAGCGGCCUAAUGUACCGGCGCGACCUUCAACAAAACCAAAACAUUUAGUUACGGUCAAGUCGGAUUCGUCUGCUGGAGCAAAGGUGAAUGGAAAACCACUACCUCAACCAAAGACUAAAGAAGAUAGCUCGGAUACGACAGGUCGAAUGAAACCUCCCAUAAAAGGAAAGCCAUCAGUUACGAAAAAACCAGCUUUACCAAGGCGGCCACCGAGUAUUUCCAGGAACCGUCCUAAUUCGCAAAAAGACGGUGCUAAAAAACAAGAAAGUUUGGAGAUAGAAAAACACGAAGAGAAGAUUGUGGAAGAAACAUCUAAGAUAUCUGAUUCUAAGAAAGAAGUUGAAAAGAAAGAAGAAUCAACUGAAAUACCGAAGAUUGACGCGGAGGAAGAGAAAGAGUCGAAAGAAACAAGAAAAGAGGAGAAAAUACAGUCCGAUGUACCUGAAGAAACAUCACAUAAAGGUGAAGAUGAAAAACCUAUGGUAGAGGAUGAUGGCCAGUCUGAUCAAAUUUCUGUUGAAUCACAAAACAAAUCGUCAGAGGAGACAAGUAUAAAAUCUUGUUUAGAAGAACUGGACCAGAAACUCUCUGAGGAUGCACAAGAAAACUCCAAUGAUUCCGGAAAAGAAGUCGCUGAAGAGUCGAAGAAUAUAGCAGAUGUUGCUGGGAAAGAUACAACUGACGGUACUGGAAAUGAAACAAUGCCUGAAGGUGGCAAAGAUCUGGAAUCGUCUGUUACGAAUAUUUCAAAGUCCGACUUGCAAAAUGAGCUGUGUGAGAGCGCUGGUGAAAAUGAAGAUAGUGAAAUCGAGGGAGAUAAAUUGAAGGACCGUAACGAUAAUGUAUCUGCUGGUAAAGAUAAUGCGACCGAAACUGAUACGACAGCCGUUGAUGAUGACGUAAUAAAAAGUCCCGUAGAUGAAGAAUUGUUGGAAGAUGCAGCUAGAGAUACCUCAUUGUAAACAAAUGUAGGAAAUGACUGUUUUAUGUACGUAUAGAUAGAAUUUGCCAGAAAUUUGGUGAUGUUAUGGUAAAAGGGUAGAUUUUACUACCUACUUACAUUGUUUUGUUUAUGUUUCUUCUAGACAAAAAUGUAGGAAAUUGUGUACUUAUUUAUAAAAUUGUUUUUUGUGUAUUUUAACUAUUUUUGUGCAAUUUAGAUUAUCAAUUUAUGAAUAUAUUUUUCGAGAGCUGAA